AGAUGCGCAAGCGUCUAAGACGCGCAAGCGGCCGUGUAAGACUUCACGUAGACGAGCAACUAUUGAAAGUGUGAUACAAAAUUGUACUUAAUUUUCCUGAGUUCCUUGCUGUUGUUUUUGUAUGUGUUCAUCAUACGUGGGUGUAUGAACACUAUACUUGAACAGUGCAUAUUAAGUAUUAUAAUAAAUGUACUGUACAUCAGUCAUUUUAAAUAUCAAACAGGGCGCGCGCUUGAUCUCGAUCGAUUUUUUCCGUUACUAUGAGUGACACCAAUGGAAAUUUGCUUGAAAAGACUGAGGCCAAGGUUUCUUCGGAAAAAAAAGCCGGUUGGUCACAAUGGAAACAAUGGUUCGCUGCUAUUUCAGCGACGCUGUCAAUGGUCGCCGUCGGAACAGUCUACGGAUGGACGACGACAAUGUUACUGCGCCUGGAAAAGGGGGACAACGUGCCAAUGACAAUAAACAGCACCGAGAGUUCAUGGAUAGUGUCAUUAACGGUAAUAGCGUCAAUGUGCGGUUCAUUUCUGGGUGCCCUGUUAGCCGAUUAUUUUGGCCGGAAAGUUUGUCUUCUGUGCUCAAGUAUGUUUUUCAUCGGAGGUUGGUUCGCUAUAAUAUUCGCCGUCAGUGCCAAUACACUCUACAUAGCGCGCAUUAUCCAGGGGAUAAGUGUGGGCAUGUCUUACACUGCGAAUCCCAUGUACGUGUCGGAAGUCGCCGACACCAACAUACGCGGUGCUCUAGGAACGUUGAUAGCCGUUAAUGUCUUCACGGGGUCACUGCUGACAUGCUGCAUCGGACCCUACGUGUCUUACACUACAUUAGGGAUAGUUUUGCUCUCCAUAACGAUAAUAUUUGUUUUAACUUUCAUUUGGUUCCCCGAGAGUCCCUAUUUUUUGGCGAUGAAAAACCGAAACAAAGCUGCAAUUCAAGCAAUUGCCUUUUUUAAAAACGUCGAUUUUGAGACAGCUGAACGCGAGUUGCAAAUAAUAAUCAACAAUAUUAAUGAAGAAAAAUCGCAGUCGGAAAAUUGGAAGGUAAAGGUGAGACACUUGUUGUCUUCAAAUAAUCGCAAGGCUUUUUUUAUGGUCCUGAUGUUGAUAGUCGUCCAACAAUUGAGUGGAAAUUUCACUACCAUGCAAUUCUUGACACAAUUAUUCGACGAAGCCAACGUCGGAAUUGACGUCAAUAUUGCGACCAUUAUUGUCUUCGCAGUCGGUCUCGUUUCUGGAACACUUGCUACCAUUAGCGUGGAACGAGCUGGAAGAAGAAAACUCUUAAUGUGGUCGAGUUUUUUCUGCGCUGCUACCCUAACAAUCCUCGCUACUUAUUUGUAUCUCAAGCAUUUAAAUUAUCCUGUUGAAUUUAUCAAAGUUUUGCCGUUAAUUGUAAUUGUUUUGUUCCAAAUAGUCUACCAAUUAGGUAUCGGUACCUUGCCGAACGCCCUUAUCGGUGAAUUAUUCCCCACUAAUGCCAAAGGAGUCGCUGCUGCGGGUAUCACCAUCUCAGACGGAAUUUUGGGAUUCUUAGUAUCGACUUUCUACAACCAAAUAAAAGAAAAAUGGGGCAAUCAUACUCUCUAUUUUUCUUUCGCUACUUCUUGUUACCUGGGAUUUAUUUUUGUUUUAUUUUGUAUACCCGAAACUAAAAAUAAAUCCUUCUUGGAGAUACAGCAAGAAUUAUCGAGACGUGGAUUUAGAUAUAACAACAGUUUUAAAGAAAAAAAAGAAAUAGAAGAUGUAUUAACGUCCCGGAAUUUAUCUAUUGCGCCAACGACGGUUUCAACUAAUUAAUCGGUGCUUUGGCUAAUUAACGGGCAGAUUGGUUUAAUUAAAAAAAAUAUUCUGUGAGGAUGAAGAAUAACAGGAAAAAAAAGGGAACUAAGGUUUUUAAUUGAUUCUUUAUUAAAUGAUUUAUUGUUGUUCGAUAGCUAGAUAAAGCCAAUUAAAUCGUUUGGACGGUUAUAUAUAUACUUACGACCAAUGCAAUUUUGUUUUAAUACAAAUUAAUUUACUUAAAAAUUUUUUUAUGGUUGAUUUUUUUUUCUGGUAUUUUACUAUUGAGUUACGGGUAAUUGUUAAGUAAUUUAUUAUUUAAAAUUUAUUAACUCAUUUAAAAUUAUAGUUAUUUA